CAUGGAGCUGAGGUGUUGGGGUGGCGACUGGGGGUUGCCUUCCAUUCACACAGAGUCUCUCGUAGUGCUGGUCAGCUCUCUUUCGAUUUACUGAUGUCCUUGGCAUAUGCCAAAUUCUCUGGAGCCAAACUCACGGUUGCACCAAUAGACUGGACGUGGAGAACAUUAACAGGUACAGUGCCAGAGUUGGUCUGUCAGGGAUCGACAGUAACAGAACCAGCUCAGAUUCUCAACUACCUGAGAAAACUGAGGUUCAAUGCAGACUAUGAGUUGUCAGCCAGACAGGGAGCAGACACAAUGGCCUACAUCGCCCUACUGGAGGAGAAACUAAGACCUGCCCUGUUACAUACUUUCUGGGUGGAUACUGAGAACUAUUCGAGCCUGACAAGGCCGUGGUUCGCCUCCCGCUCUCCAUUCCCCCUCAACUUCCUGGUUCCUGGUCACCAUGCCAACACUGCCCUUUCCCGGAUCUUGCUGACCAAGAGCGAUUCUCCUCUACACACCAUCACUGAGGUGGAGGGAAAGAUCUACAGUGAAGCUAAGGAGUGUCUAAAUCUACUCUCCCACAGAUUGGGGACGGCUUACUACUUCUUUGGGAACACGCCGUGCAGUCUGGAUGCCUUUGUGUUUGGAUUCUUAGCUCCCCUCCACAAGGCCAGUCUACCCAGCAGUCCUCUGCAGAACCACCUCCGACAGCUGGAAAACCUCCAACGCUUCUGUGAUCACAUACUCAACGCUCACUUCAGCAGUCAUCCCGGUUCUCCUCAGCCUGUUCAGGAGACAGUGGACGCCAACCUUCAGAAACUCACUCAGCUUGUCAACAAAGAAUCCAAUCUCAUAGAGAAGAUGGAUGACAACCUGAGGAGCAGCCCUCAGCACAAACCUUUUAGAGCAGACCCUAGACCCAGCCCAAGUAACAGCACAGGUUCUACCCCUGCCUAACCCCUGACCAGCCUGGUGGAUGAGGAGCAUCACCCUAUGCUGUAUUACUCUGAACCUGGUUUAAACACUGUAAAUACCCUAGCCUGAGUGCCAGUCUGGUUGUACUAGCAUUCCAAGUCUUUGUUGUUAAUAAGGACAGCAAGAGUGUUGGUAAGAUACACUAAUCUGGGACCAGGCUAGAAACUCACCAGAUCAUUCCUAAAACUAUAAAUAGAACAUGUUAUUGUUGCAGGCCUUUCCUGCCUUGCCAGCGUAAUAUAAAAUGCCCUUAACUACCAGUGACGAAUAAUAAUGGCAGUAUUGUGAACUAUUGUCACGGUCGCAGGGAGGCAGGACACGAAGCGCAGCGCUGUAGUGAAACGUUCCUUUAUUCCUUCUUCUCACAAACACUAACUGAUGAGAACUGUAGUGCGGCAUCACACAACAAACACAAACAAUGAACCACAAACAAGGGCAGCUUAAAUAGGGUGCCCAAUUAGAGGCAAUGAGUGGCAGGUGCCUCUAAUUGGGGACAAUCAAAACAGGUAGCACAGAGAUGCCUAGAGGCGCCUCUGCAGUCCGGCCAUAACUCUGGUCCCCAGGCGCAUAGAGAUGCCUAGAGGCCACCAGCCAGGACCUGACAACUAUUUAAAGGCAGUGAUGUCUGUGAAAUACAUGUGGUUUCAUGAAAUAACGAGGUGGUGCAUGUGUAAGGAUUCUGAAAGGGGGUAAAGGGAAUGUGGUUUAGAAUGAAAUGUGACUAAAUGAGCCUUUAGAACAUUUCAUUACUCGAGACAGUAAUUGAAAAGGCAAGUUGCAUGAAAGUUGUGUGUUCAUGGCCUGUAGUUGUGUUAAGAAGGUACGCUAUAAAACACUUCAGUACUAUGACGUUAGUCAUUUUUUGUUUACCUUAAGGGCUAACUCUAUCUCACGCACAUAAGGAAUGUACUAUACAGCUCUUUGCUCUAGUGGUAAAAAGAAGUAAUGCAUAAGGGACACUUGUGUUUGUAAAGAACAGUACAGGUCUUGUGUAAAUUCGGUCAUUACUGACAGAAGGCACUGACACUAGUUUGUAUACUUUUUGAAGUAUAAGUUAUGCUACUCAAGUAGUUAUUAGAAUAAUUCUCUUUUUAAAGAUAAGCUAUGUUCACACCUGAGGAUGGAUUAAACUGUUUGGGUCAGCUCAAGGCCCUGGUCACCACUAGUGGACUCUAAACAGAAUGCAGUGCCAUUUAAGAUCCCAGCGGUCUGAGUGUCUCCAUGCUCAAUAUGAACAUUCUUGGUUACAGUUAUGGUUCAGCUUCAGUUGACAAGAAGUCAGCAUUUCUUUUUCUGAUCAUAUUGAAAGGGAAAAAGUUGAAUAUGCUGAUUACUUAGUUAAUUUACCUCGCUUAUUUCACUUAUAUUCGUCUGAAAUGUUCCCUUUAACAAAUCGAUUGUCUUUAAAAUUCUAUUAGCACUAUGAGUAAGUGUUUAAGUAUGUAGAGUCUGUGUUAACAUAUCUCUGUAAAGGUUACCUAAUUCAGUUAACUUUAAAUAAUUCCUUUUCAUUCGCAUAUCAAGUAGUUUUAAUUAAAAUGUUGUGUAAUUGUAAAUACUAAGGUAAUGCAUUUUGUUCAGCACUGUAAAUUGAUGCACUUCAACUCUCCUUACUUUCAGACUUUUAGAGCUUAUGACUAUACUGUUGAGUUUAUUUGUGUCCAUGUUUUUCAUUUGUUGUUCAACGAUUCUAAUCACCCCAUGUCCUGGAAUACUUUUUGUACAAUUAUUCUAUUUUCAUUUUGAUUUUGUCGUUAUUAGUUGCUGUGCCUAUGUCACUAUUGCCUAGUUAGGAACAUGGAUUGUUAGACAGUAACAGGGAACUCUGCUAACAUACUGUACUCCCACCCAAUCACCCAUGUGCUGACAGGCGUUCUGGUGACGUGCAGCAUCGGCUAGUCUAGUACCAACUCCUUUCACCUCAGUGGUGCAUGCUGUAUCCUGUGCUGUCCUUUUUGUUUGGUAAUUUAGUUGUUAACAGGACUUCCUUAGGCUAAUUUACUUCAUGGAUACAAUCCUGUAAGAAUGGUGUUAUUAUAGCUUUGUUUGUUUGUUUGUUUGGUCUGUAUAAAAUAACCAUAUUUGGUUGAAAUAUACUGUAUGUACGGGACAAAGGGGGACUGUAUUGGGAUGUGCCUUGAUAGGACUGGAGAAGAUGUGUCACAUUUGACCAACUGUCUCAGAUGGAACUCAUUCUUGUUUCCUUACUGUUAUUGGUACUUCUUUCUCCAAGUUCAGAAGGGGUAUUUGGCCCAUUGUCCUUAGAACGUUGAAAGUUAAGGCAACAUUGCCAAGCUCAAGCUCCUUCUGAGGUUUUGCAAUGUUAUUGAAUACAUUUUUAAAUCUUUGUAUUGAUAUUUUCAUUAUUUUCACAUCCCUGGAAAAAAAUUUGUGCAUGUAAGUUAAUGCUUUCAUAUCCAUUUAAUAAACUUGUAGUGUUUAACUUCAA